UUUUGAGAAAAGUGCAUGCAGAGAUACAUGUUCUUGCACUAUUUGCUUACUUUCUUCCUGAUCUGAAUACUACUCUGCUAUAGGUUUAUUUCUGCAGAAGAGAAAGGACUGAUUGAGUUGUAUGUGGUGGUGAAGUGGUACAUCGGGUUCCUCACCUUAAUGUUCUUCUUCCGAUUGUCAUAGAACAAAUCUGAAAUUGCAGUAUAAGUAUGAUUUCUCAAGUGAUCCUUGUAAAACUCAGCCUAAAAGAUGAAAACCAAUUCUCUCUCACUCUAUAUCUUAUGAAGGAUCUAACCAAAACUCAAAUCCUGAUGGUAGAGUUGAUUUUGUUAUUGCUAGAAGAAAGGUUACAAAUUGAAAAUUAUUAGUGUAAUAUUUAUUAAAUUAAAACAAUGCUAAAUUUUAUGCUUAAAACCCAGUUCCGGUGUCUGUCAGUCGUUAUUUUCAAUAUCUUUUCAAAUUUUUAUGAAUGCUGCUAGAUUUCUGACAAUCUUUGAGCACCUUAAACCAGUAAGAACUAGAGGCUACGCAUAAAUAAUCUCUUCCCUACUUCUGAAACCUCAAUAUUGGUUGAUUCUAAACUGGGAUGCUUGUACUCUGUUGAAGUCCGUAUAUUCUUGUGCUUUUGAAAAUAGGAAAUACAUCUAUCUUUGGAAGAGAUUCUGCAAUUGGCCAAAUUACACAAUCACCUGCACAAGUCUCUCAGUAUACCUCCUCAUUGUAGAGGCCAAUAAGUGUUCGAACAGGUAGUCAUGCUGGUCACAGUGUAUUUGGAAGAUUAUUUGUACCUUUUGUACUUUGGAAUUUGGGAUUGUAUGAUGAGGAAUGGAUGGGUUCGGUAUUUGAACCCGUUGACUUGGAUGGUGGUAGGGGCAGGUAUAUCGACCAUUAACACCUCAAAACAGCACUUUAUUUCAAAUCCAUCAAUAUAUUCUAAAUCCCAACACUCCUAACCUGUAACCCCCAACCAAACAACACCUUAUCUCCCUCCGGUCCUUCCAUAACAGCCUUAAUCCCUCACCCUUCCCAAGCACCAGACCCUCUCCAGCUCAUCCCCCUAAUCCUCUCCAGCUUCCCUUACCAAAUCUCCUCCGAAGACCAACUCAUAAUCCAAAACAUCCUUGCCAUAAACGCUCAAGCCACUCAAACCCCCACCACCUCCAAGCCCAUCUCCCCCUGAAGAACACAAACAGGCAAUAUCACCCCACUAAGCCUCACCCACCAACAAAGAAAAAAUCCCAAAGAACAAAAAAAAAGUCUCCCAAAAAGAACAGAAAUCCAGAAAGCCACUAACAAAAGAAGAGAAGACUUGAACGUGAGAAGAAAAGGAAGAAACAAGAAAAGGAGAAUGUAUUAAGAAGGCAGAGAGAUAAUAGGGAGAAAAGAAGGCAAGAAGUGGAGAGAAGGAGGAUAAGGUGGAGGAAUAGGGAGUUUGAAGUGGAGCAAGAUAUGGGAGAGAUUUAUGGCAUUUUCCAGAUGGUUCUAAGGUUGAUGAUGAGAUCGGAAGAAUAGGGAAAUAUGUUGUAUUAGUAUAUACCCCAUCAAGCUCCCAAUCCUCAGAAUCAUCAUCCUCCGAAAUCCCUUCCCAGCAAUCCGACAGAAAACAACGUGCCAAAAGAAGAAAACUCAGAGAACGUGAGAACCAAAGAAGCCGUCAGAGAGAGAAUAGGGAGAAAAGAAGAGACCAAGCGGAGAGAAGGAGGAUAAGGUGGAUUAAUUGAGAGUUUGAAGAUGAUCAAGGUAUGGACGGUAUUUGGUGGAUUCUAAUGCAGAAGAUGAUCAGAGAAGGAUGCUUAAUUUCGGAAAUUCAGAAGAGUGUGUUUGAACUUGAGAGUAAUGUUAAGGGAUGACUGGGGAGUUUUGAGGGAAUGAAGGAUAAGGAACGAAUUGAGCUAUCUGACAGGAUUAUAUCUCAAGUACAGACAAAGUAUACCCUAUUGAGUGCAAGCACGAGUUCCAUGCAGAAUGCCUCAGGCUCUCUCCAGAGGGACAAACGGUGCCCUAUAUGUAGAUCUAUCGUUGUCAAAGUGAGAAAUUAGAAGUUGUUAAGAUAGAAUCCAGAAGAAACUUAAGAUUUA